UUGACAAGCCAUCAUGCCCAAGACAGGAUAAAAUAUGGAAGAAGGAAGCCUUUUUUGGAAGAGUUUGGUUAGCUAACACUUCAUGAAACUUGUUCAUAUAAGUUGUAGACUCCCCAUCUUCUUGUCUGAGAGUAUCCAUCCCCUAUUCAUGGCUAAGCUUCUCAUAAUCUGUGCGCUUGCCAUUCUUGGUUGCGCUCUAAAAAGCCAGGCCAUCGUGUACACUGUUGGGGACGGCGCCGGUUGGGAUAUCAGUGCAGACUUUCCAUCAUGGAUAGCCGGCAAAACAUUCUACGUUGGCGAUGUUCUAUCAUUCCAAUUCUCCCGGUAUCACACCCUCAACGAGGUUGAUAAGGCCGGCUAUGACAGCUGCAAUGCCUCCAACGCUCUGCUCUCAAGCAGCAACGGAAACACCUCCGUCCCUCUUACCACCGGCGGCGAUAAGUACUUCAUCUGUGGCGUCCGGUUACAUUGUUUGGGCGGCAUGAAGCUUAAAGUAGGCGUUACAGGAAACCAAUCAAUAGCUCCGGCCAGUGCACCACAAUCCCCAGGGUUCCAUCCUCAGGCUCCUUCGAGUCCAAUUCAGAAGCCUUCCACAGAUAAACACCGCUUGUUACCUCCACCUACAAAUGAUUCUUAUCACGUUGCAGAGGGUUCCAUGUUCGUAGCUUGGUUGUGCACCUUUGGAGCCCUUUGGCUGUUAUUUUUAAGAGUAUGAAAAAAUAUAAUAGCUGGUGGUUAUAACUUCUACUUCUAUUAUCCUCUCAAAAAAACAAAAAAAGUCUGAAACUUUGGGAUUUUUUUCUUUCUACAUGAAACUUUGGACAAAUAAUGCAUUUAUGUCAGUGGAUGUUUUUUUA